AUCACCUCCCUUGUCCUUUCUUAUCUCCCUUCUCUGUCACGGACGCAGCACGCACAAGAAACAACAACAACAGUAACUGAGGUUACACUUCCUAGAGAGAGAGAGAGAGAGAGGGAGGUUGUACUUCUAGAGAGAGAAAGCAAUUGGAGAGAGAGAGAGAGAGAGAGAGUCAUGCAUGCUGAGUCCGGACUCAUGUUUCCCGUGCUGCAGAGCUUCACUCACCACCUCUCUCAACCAGCUGACGAGAAUCUGCUCUGCAGCUUCCACACUGAGCUCCCCUAUGAUGUCCCUCACAUGGGAAACAUGAUGCAAACAUCCAAUAUUUUGGAGUAUGAUCUAGGAGCUGAAGGGGUUCUAUUCGAAGCUCCAGCUCCGAUCCUAGAAGAACCUGAGCUUGCACUGGAUCCUCUCAGUGCUGCUAUGACAAUUAUAUCUAAUGGACAAGAUAUCGCAAACGAAACCAUCCAAAAUGUACAUCUGAACAACGUCCUAUACGACUGCAAGAACGAACUUCUAGCCCAGUAUUUAAUCAACGAACAAUGUCCUGAGGCUAACGAUGUUAAGAUUCCUGUGACGGGAAUAGAGCAAGCUUUGAAUCUCGAAGGUAUCAGAUCGGAUGGACAAGGAAAUUUGCAAAAAAGUUUAAGCACCGGGUGUCUCAAUUCUGUGGAGAUGGUGGGGGGUUGCAAUAUGAGACCGAAUUUUUUAGAUUUUCAGGCAAUGGAUUUUGAAACGGCGUUUGGAUUGAGGAGGGCAUACAGUGAAGGAGAUAUUCAGGCUCUUGAAAGUUCUGCCACAAAUUUAGGAAACACGAGCAACGCUCAUGUCUGUUUGGAGAGACAACCUACCAUCGGUGAGCUGAGGACCGAGGACCGACAGCAGAAACUUUCAAGAUACUGGAAGAAGAAGAGUAAAAGGAAUUUUGGAAGAAAAAUCAAGUAUGAAUGCAGGAAGGCCUUAGCAGAUAACCAGCCAAGAGUACGAGGACGAUUUGCGAAGACCGAAGAUUGUGAUAUCUCUAAAUUGCUCAAGUAAAUUGAGUUAUAUAUAUAUAUCUUGCAAAGGGAAAAAUAUUCAGCGCUACUACUAAUUCCACUGGAUUUAAAAUUUCGAAGUCGACUCAAUAAUAGAAAAGAUCAGGCUCUAUACUAUGAUGACUUCAAUGAUCUAUUGGUAUAUGUCUUUGCUGUAGUAAGUAUCCUUCAUGUAAUAUUCUUCCUGCCCUUCUCUAUUUGUAGCUACGUAGAUCUGUGAAAAGGUUUUAAUAAAAGAUGAAUAUGCUGGAUGUCCCCCAAUUGGCUUUUGUAGAA